AGUUAGUUGUAGCUACAGAAAAUCAUAUGCACUUGAUUUGUAGCAGUACUAAUUGUAAAAAAUUACACGAAAAUAAAUCAACAUAGAUUGUCUAUAAAUUGAAAGGCCCUUAUCUCCCUCCCUCUUCCAAUCAAUAUAUCUAGCUAGCAAUGGCUACAAGAUCUGCCAUGAUCCUAACUGUAAUCUUCAUUGUUGCUUUGGUUAUAUCUCCUGCCAUCACCUUCACAGAUGCAGCUCGGUCUACAACUUUUAAAGAGGUGUUGGGGAGAAGGCCUAUAUGUCCGGCCUGUGUAUGCUGUGAACCGCCGCCGCCGGGAUCUUGUUGCCGUUGCGGCUGCGGCGCCGCCGGCCCCAUUACCACCCAGUCCCAUGAAGCCUCUCCGCCGUGAUAACCAACUUUCCGGCGGCUGCGAGAUCAUAUAAGGCUUUAAUCUUUGUUUCUCUAAAUAAAUGAAAUAAUGAAACAAAGUCACUCCGUUACGUUACCCCUUUCUGGGGAAUUACCUAAGGUUUAUUGUAUUAUGUGUUUAUGGUUUUCUGUAUUACUGUUAUGAAAUUAUUAAUGAAGAUUAAUGUUGAAUUCA